GAUCUGCUCGUCCACGAACAAAACCCCCCCAAAUCGUGUCAACAUUACUUACGAGUUGUGUCUCUCCACCGAGCUGUACCCAAAAGCGGAGAGUGCAGCAUUCGGCACUGAUCAGGGAACUGUAGCAAUUCUGACCGCUACCUUGACCUCGAAACUGGAUGCGAAGAAAAUGAAGCGCUACCAGUUUUUGUUUUGUUUUGUUUAUUGAUCCUGCUUGAAUCAGAUCCCUUUGUAGCAUUGCAUGUCCAACAAGGUCGAGUCGUGGAUUAGUGGGUUGUGGUUCGGGGAUCGCGGCGAAAAGGUGAGCGAAGUCCACUGCUUCCGAUGUGCUCUUGACGUUUACGAGACCCGUCAUUGGUCCUUGGGAAAGUGGGAUGGUGCUCACAGACACACCCACACACAUUCCGAUGCACACAAAACGGAAGUUUGAAUUGUGUACUGGGGGUCUUAUCUUUGGUGAUGGAGGACAUCGUGUUGUGUGGCAUCGAAGCGUGAGCCCGAACCAGUCCAACAAUUGGGUCUUUGCGAGUUUAGUUUGGUAUACGAGAAUCGGCCCUGCCGGUGAACUGAAUGCGCAUUGACCCGUGGAGCUCUUGCCACCGACAGGCUCCUGUCGAACAGCCGCCACCGAAUUCCUCACUCUCUUCGAAGCUCGACGGUGCCUCAAUCGCGAAGCUGUAUUUUUCCUCCUCGACAUCUUGUUCAAUUCAGAUUCGGCUCUCUGUGAUCCCACACUCUUCGGGCCACUUCUCCUGUCGCAGGCUUUUGAAGACGCCGUACGAGAUUGUGCGUGGAAAUAAUUUCUCGUGUCUCGGGGGAUAUUAAUCGACCAGCAGCAUUUAAUUUUCUGGCUCCCAAUCGAUCUACGAAGUAUCUAGUUAAGCACGGUGGAAUAAGUUGAAGAGUUGCACGGACGACCCUGAAAACAUGCUUCAGUUACAGUUUACAAUUUGUUCGAGUUGCCAGCGGAGCUUCAUUACGAAGGUGGUCACGGCAGUAAAGUCAAAUUCGUAGGGGGUUUAUGAUAUCCUCGAUACCGAUGCGUAUUCGUGGUCAGGAGUCGGCAGAUAGGCUUGACCACAUCAGUUCUGGUAUGUCCUCAUGGGUUCCUGUGGACGAGCUCUCCGACGCUGUGAAUAUUGGCGAGGAUGAUCCCCACAAAGUCUUCUCCACGGACGAGGAAGAAUGCAACUUCAGCCUGGACGCUGCGCAUCUCGAAACAGAAAUUCAGGCGUUCCUCUACACCCAGCAGGCCUCGCUAAUUACCUCGCCAAUUUUCCCCAAAGACAGCAACGGCUCAAAGGUAUCAGGCGUUGUGUGUACAGAGGAUAGGCCUGGUCUCAAAGGGACGAAUGCAGGCUGGGUUAAGCAAACAGCAGUCUUGAAGGCAAAAUGCGAAGUAUUGAGAAUGCAGAAAGAGGUUGCUAAACAGCAAUGGGUAGAAAGAUGCACAGACAUGGGUAGAAAGAGCGCCCAAAUGGCGCGUUCCCUUCGAGUUGCUGUAGAGUCUAUUCUCGACAAUGAAAGAAGACCACGAGCAAUUUCAGCUCCUAGCACCCCUCGUAGACGAGUUUCGAAUGAAGGACAUAAUCAUUGUCUGGAUGAGAGACUACGAAUAUUGAAAUCUAGCUCGGCAAUGCGCAGCAAAGCGAUGAACGAUGGUGCACACAAAUAUCUUGAUAACUCAGCGUUAGUUUUCCAGAAAAUUACUGAUAUGUUCCCGAAAAGUUGCCAUAACAAGUGCUCGAAUUUGAGCACCACAGAAGAAAAUUGCUCUGAGAAACAGAAAAGUGAUCACGUAAGUUUACAAAUCAGAUCUGUAGGUUUUCUCUUGCAUUCGGUCCUUCGUCCAACUGUUUGUUAAAAUUCAACUAUUCUGCCAAUCUUUCCUUGAUGCUAGAGUUGACUCAAAUCAAUUAUCUAAAAUCCCACUUCGAUCUUACUUCAGCUAUCUGUCGAAAACAAGAUAGGCGCAGAUACGGCUUGAUAUUUUCGACUGUCAGCAAACGCGAGUGACGCAGUUUACCGAUUGCCCAAAGAGGCGGUCAGUCGACAGAGAAAUGGGGUCGAAGUCUUAAGAAAAUGGUAGUAACAGAGACAGAUUGUAUUUUUUAUUUUCUUCAGGAUUUAGUAUCGUCGUAAUGGAGAGCACGCGUGACAGAUGCCGCAGUAGAUAGACUCAUAUCAAUUGUUCCUACCACUUCAACAGGAGAACAGCCACAAUUUCGAAGAGGAGCUCGCUAAACAAAAAAAAAAAAAAAAAAAAAAAAACCACAAAGACAGUCCGUGAGAUUCUUACUCAGAUAAAUGCUGAAGCAGAGCAAUGGAAGCAGGUACAGGAAGUUUUGAAAAAUGUGAUCAUGGAAAUGACUACAGUGCAGCAAGCAUGCGCAAGGUUAGGCAACGCGAGGGGGGAGAAUGGCGUGUGAAAGCUCAAGCCGCAGAGCAGAAGAAUACGAAGCUGGAAGCGCAGUUAACAGAGCUUCGAGACACAAUAGAAGGGAUCAAGCAACGACAUGCUCUUGAACGAAGCAGGUGGCUGGAUGUCGGUAGUGGACUUGGCCCCCGAACAACCUCGGAUACACGGUAAUACUGCAGCCCCUGACGAAUCCAAACGCUGUGCUAAACAAUCCACAUCAACGAGGCAGAGUUCGCCAUGGAAUCACAUUUCAGAACCAUCCAGAUCCAAUGGAAAUGCAACCCUUCCUUCUCGACACUCAAGUCAGCAAACGUCGAGAGAAACUUGCAAACCGGAUAAUUCGAGGCAGAGUCCUGAGAGCUCCAGAGUGCAUCAGGCACGAGCAAGUGAAGGUCCAAAACUCAGUGCAGGCCGAAAAGCAGUAGCACAAAGCAACAGAAGUGACAGGGGAAGGUCGAUUUCAGUGGACAAAGCCAUCUCAAAAGAUCCAGGAAGAAAGGGCAGUCCAACUCACAGUGAGAAUGCUUUCACCCACAACAAGGAAAACCUAUGUGUGAGUGCGAAUGAUGCCGCGGCAGUGAAGAAGGUGUUUGCAACAAGAGGGGCGAGCAACACCAGAAAACUUGCAAAGUCUCCAACUCCUCGUUGUAGCAGUCCAUCAUCUCCAAGGUCCCGUUCCGGAGUCUUUCACCAUGUGCCUCUGAGGGACUUGAACAUGAGCAUUUCAGUGACAAGCUCAGACUUUGCAUGAAAGCUUGUAAUGUUGCAACAAUGGUCACUGAGUCUGUGACUGUCCGAAGUUACUGAUUCUCAUGCAGAAGACUUUUCCACAUUACCCAUUUCGAUAAUGUAAGUUCACAAGAGAAGCGAUUUGUAAAUGUGUGAGAUUUGUUUCGGCUGUAGAUUGCGACUGUUUGCAGAAAACUGUGGAUUUAGUGGGUAUUGCAACUUGUACAGUACUUGAAUAGCAGCUGGUUUGAUUCAUGUGUCGCCUGUUUCACAAACCUAAAAAUGCUUCAUUUGCUUCACUCUGUUUCAUUUACAGUAAACAACGUUCUCUUCAAA